CGCAUACAGUGGAGACGGGAAUGUUUCACCAACCCCCUCCUGGUCGCAUUGAAACAUGAUUACCUGUAGUGCGUCAAUGAAUUAACACACACAAAGGCGCUUAAGCUGUCGACACACAUUGGCAAAAGACCGUCUUUGUUGAACGUAACUGAACCGUCCAUAGAAAACAUGUACACAGGAGCGCUCCGAGAACGUGUAUCAACAAAAACGCCGGGACCUAGGCAAACAAUUAUUAAACGGGCCGGUGACGAAACACAAACAUACCGCUACAAUGAGGCAGAAAUCACAAUAGAUUUCUCCAACAAGAAGGCAGAUCGAGUUGCGGACAAGCUCAGCGCAGAUCUGGUCCCCGUGGAGAACGGGGCUAGCCUGGCCCUCCGGAACGCUCGCUGCGUCAACCGUGGCGUCCAGCGUCGCAUGAUGACCCGCGUGAAGGGCAUGAUGAAGGCACUGGAGUACAACACAAAUAAGAUUGAGAGCGAACAGAAGGAUCUUUUGGAAGACUUCCUCACUAAGUACCCUCAGAUGGAGAAGCGAGUGGCGUUUAUGUUCCGGGAUAAAUCCGGGACGAUGAGACGACUUGGUCUCCCGCGGGGACUUACGCGGGAUAAACUUGUCUACGUUCGGAAUCUCGGCACGAAAGAUUCCCCAGAAAAAGAACCGGUUCCCCUCGAAUACGAGCUUGUAUAUACCAAGACGAAAAAGGAUAAGGUACGAGAAGAGCAAGGAAGUUCGGACAAAGAAAUUAAACCAUUCUUGCCCGCUGUGAAAAAUGGAAACAAUCAAAUGUUUACUGGGAACGGUGCUUUACAAGGCAUUGGUGCCUCCCAUCCUGUUAAGACUGCAAAGAAGUCUCGGAAAAAACAAACAUCGCCAGACCUGACUUUAGUUUCGAAAUCCCUUCCGUCCAUCCCCGAAGAGAAAGGAGCCCAGGGGAAAGACGACUCGUGUAAAAACACAUCACAGUCUGCUGAUGACAGUGAAGUUAACGCCAGGGAGCUACAAAUGAAACGCGUUGUGCCAGCUUUUAAAGUAAGCAACUUUGUCUUAACGGAUUUCGGAUUCCACCCACCACGAACGGAUCCUUACAUCCACCCCAAUUUUAAAAGUAAAGAAGACGUUGAACGAGAAAUCGAGCACGCGGCCCAACGUCAUAUAUACGCCAGUCAAAUACCUAGUCAAAGCUAUCGCGGCGGGAAAACGGAACGGAACGUUAACAGUCUACGCAAAACCAUCACCGGCAGAGUAGCGACACUGGAUCCCGCUUUGGGAUCGGGUUUAGUGGGUAAUGGCCAAAAUUCAAACCCGGUGAAACUGACUGUCCCUAACAACCAAUACGUGAUGAAGAAAACGAAACCGAAACCGCUCCCUCCCAUAGAAAGUAAGCGACAUGGUGCCGUAAUGUUUCAGUUAGGAUCCAGUAAGGCUGCACACAUGGAGGGGUUUAAACCGCUGUGAUUUGCUUGCCACGGCUCAUUCCUGAGCUAUACAUGUAUUUCUACGUCAGCAAGGAUUAAAUGGUUGUAAUAGUUCAUUCCUAGGAUUAGUGUCAAACAUUUUGCGUGAUAGUUAAUGUCGGUCAAGAAGAAGACCUGCUAUGUGAUUUUGAAAAUGCUUUUGGCCUUCGCCAAGAAAUCCAACAUUAAUUCACUGUAGUGCAAUAGAAUAUAUAGAGUGUAACUUAUAUAUACACAAACUAGUUGCCAUAUGACACUAUGCACUCUUAGUACGUCAAUUAAUUGUUAAAGCACAAAAGCUAUUCAUACAGUCGUUAUUUCUUUUUUUUAACUUAUAUCGUAAUUUGAUCAUGGGGCGUUGUCCUUUAAUUAUUGGAAUACUUUUUGGAGAAAAUUGCACGUAAUGGAGUUAGCUGGGCAUUUAUAGCUGCUGGAAAAAGUCUUUAAAGUUACUUUGGUUUAUGGCAUAAAGCUAUAUGUGAAAGUGAGUUUUAUUUAUAAAGAAACCUUGACAAAUUGAGAGGAUUUGCCACGAACAAGUAUGAGGUCAAAUGAACCUAGUGGCUGAAAUCAAGCGGGUGAAUACAGUGUUUUGACAUCCUUGUUGCUAUGGUAAUAUAAGGAUAAUCUUAUGCACGGGCCACGUGGAAAACUCUUGCCAAUAAAACAGU